AUACCGGCUCCGCGCGGGGGUCGCGGUCAUUCGGUCGCGCACGUUGUAUUCAUUUGUCAGUGCUGCGCGGAAAGCGCGUGUAGUUUGUCGUGGUAUAUUUAAAGGUGACUAGAACUGUCACACACGAGACUACACCCGGCAUCAUAAUGUCAAAUCAAGCAUGGGUAACGCUGGCAACAAACGAUUCCUACAGUCUCGGAGCCCUUGUUUUGGCGCAUUCACUGCGCCGUGUUGGCUCAGCCUUUCCUGCUGUGGUGCUUAUUACCCCUUCAGUUACUGAGGCUAUGAGAGAGCGUCUUCGCGCAGUAUUUGCGGAAGUUGUAAUAGUUGAUGUUCUGAACUCUGGUGAUGCUGCGCAUCUCGCACUACUCCAGCGGCCCGAAUUAGGCAUAACCUUUACAAAAAUCCACUGCUGGAAUCUCACGCAAUACGAGAAAUGCGUCUUCUUAGAUGCUGAUACCUUGAUCAUCCAAAAUUGCGAUGAACUGUUUGAGCGAGAAGAGCUAUCCGCAGCACCUGACGUCGGCUGGCCCGACUGCUUCAAUUCUGGAGUUUUUGUCUUCCAACCAUCGCAAGAGACUUUCAGUAACCUAAUCACAUUCGCAGCCGAACGUGGCAGUUUUGAUGGUGGAGACCAAGGUCUUCUAAACUCAUAUUUCUCGGAUUGGGCACAUGCUGACAUCAAAAAACAUUUGCCAUUCAUCUACAACGUAACAUCCACUGCAUUUUAUUCUUAUUUACCAGCCCUAAAACAUUAUGGCCAAAAUCUAAAGAUCAUUCAUUUUAUUGGAGCUAUCAAGCCAUGGCUACAACGAUUCAAUUGGCAGUCUCGAACUGUUGAAGCACCAGAACAUUUACGUAAUUUCUUGCAACUAUGGUGGGACCUCUUCGUUGCAGAUGUUCAUACGCAGCUAGACACAAAUAUGACUGGCGUCGCGGGUAACCUGGCACGUGUGGUUCCCGGUGCCCCAUUGCAACGAGAGGCCGUAGACGAAUUGACGAGGCGACAAGGUUGGGAAGCUGGAAACAUUGAUUACAUGGGAGCUGACUCUUUCGAUAACAUAUGGGCGAAAAUUUCCCAAACUUUAAGUCAACCACCGGCAAAUCAAACGGAGCAACCAUCUGAAUCACAAUCUGUACCUGCGCCUCAAAAAAUUAGUGAGCCUGUAGCUGUUGGAACAAAAAUGGACGUAGUUGAAGCUGUUGCCGGAGAAAAAUCAGUAUUACCUACACCAGAGAAGGAAGAGAUAGCACCUCCUACUGAAAAAAAAGAAAUUAAGGUUACGUCAGUAGAGUCUGAAGUUCCUAAAGUUGCAGAAAAAGAAGUUUCUAAGCCGAUAGAAUCUGAAGUUCCUAAAUCAGUAGAGGUAGUGGCCUCUGAACCAGCUGUAUCUAUUGUGGAAAAAGUUUCGACGCCCGAAGAACCAGAAAAAAUUAAAGUUGCAGCUCCAGUAAGUGAAGCAGCAGAGGUAUCUAGUAAAACAAAAGAACCAAUUCCUAUUCCAGCUGAAAUAGCUGCAGAAAUCCCUGCAGCAAUGGAUGUUGUAGUCCCUGUUGAAUCAUCAAGCUCUUCUGAUGAGAAAGACAAACCUAUGCAACCUGAUAUACCAAUUGUCGCCUUAGAAGCACUUAAAGUCGAUGAAACGCUUACUGAAGCACCUGUACCAGCGCCUGUUGUAGAACUACAGUCAGUGGCAGAAUCAAAACCAGCACCAGCUACAGAUGUGCCAUCUACACCAGCUGCCGAACCCAAGCCAGUUGUACAACCAUCAGUCAAACCUGUAACACCUGAAAAAUCAUCGACUAAACCAGAAGUAGGCUCCGACAGCCCACCUUUAGUUCAUACACCAUCCAAGGACGAUGUUCCUGUGGCACCAGCUGCCAAAUUGGAGGAGCGACGUAAGCCGGCGGGGAAGUUGCAACUGCAGCCGCCCGCAGUGGCCGACCCGCUGCCCACUCCUGACAGCGAGCUGGAGGACGCGGCAACGCUCGCACACGCCAUCAUUGCCAGCGAGUUGCGCACGCCCACCGUUACUGCGCCCACGCCGCCCUCCUACACCCCCGCCCCCGCUCCCGGCCUUGUCCCCGCCGCGCCCCUCUCUCGCCUCUCCGUCCAGGAGCCCGAGGCGCCCUCCCCGCCCGUCGACUCCGUCUCGCUUGCCCAGAUCGGCGUCAAGCCAAAACCCUCCACGGCCGCCUUAAUCGAAUCCUCGGUUUCUGCGAAGACCGAGCCGAGUCCGAAGACGCCUGAAGCCACUGAAGCGCCCAAGAAAAAGGUUAUCAAGAAGGUGAUCAAAAAGGAGAAAGAGGGUGCGAGUACGGAAGCGCCGGUGCCGCCGCCGCGGAAGAAGGAGAAGAAACCCAAAGAAAAAUAAGCGUUCGCGCCUCGCUCCCAAUAGUUCCUCUGUGCCAUAAUUGUAGCCUACUUCUAUGUUAAUUUUUAAAUUUGCUUUCGUAUAUGUGUAACCAUUUUAUAUUUUAUAAUUUGAUAAUAAAUAAUUCUUAUUUAAUAGUCGCUACUGCACGUCCGUUAUUGGAUCAAAUAAUGUACCUACAAUAUAAUUAAUAUUACUUA